AUGUUGCCCCUGUUACAGACUUAUAGAUGGAAUAUUCGAUUCACCCUGGAAAGUUAUAUUAGUCUCAAUCUCCAGCAUGACAAUCUCCUCCCUGUACGCUUCCCAAGCUCAAUGGGUGUUUAUGGUCUUACGACAUACCUCCGCGAGAAAAAACGAUUAUUAUCAACUAGCAUUGAACUUACCGCCAGUUCUUCCACAAAAAACCCAACUUCAAUUGUGGUAGAUGGUUGGUCGUUUAUCUACGAUGUGCACGACCACUCGAAUCUUCCUUGGGUAUACGGUGGAGAGUACUCUGAAUUUGCAAACCUAGUAACGGCUGUCGUUGAAGCUUGGAUCAAGGUAGGACUCAAGAUUUACAUUGUUUUUGAUGGUGCACACCCCGAACUGAAGUUUCCGACAAUCAUUUCACGUUUAAGUGAAUCGCACGUUCGACCAUCGUUGCUCUUCUUUCGCACCUCCCCCGCAGCUCGUGCAACAUCUCGAUCGCUUCAUGAAACCUGCAUCAUACCUCCGCUGUUAUAUGCAACAUGCAUCAAUGCCCUCGAAAACCUUCGUAGUACAAACGAUGCCCUAGAACUUCACUUUGCCGACGAGGAAGGUGACCCUUACGCUGUGGAAUUGGCGGGCCGGGUGGGCGGCUACGUCGUUGGAAACGACUCUGACUUCGUCAUCCUCCACACGGAAGGAUACCUUGGGUAUAUACCACUGGCCGAAAUGACGUGGCAAGCAUCUGGGUUGGAUGAUAUCCCAACUCUUGAAGACGAAGAUGCUGAAUUCCAAACUGUUAGGAAAAAAUCUAAACGCAGGCCUACGAACAGUUCCACGGCGGGCAAAGGACUCUUACCGCCGGACACGGACGAAGAAUUGAUCCUAUCUUUCAUCACAUACAAUCCGGUGACGUUGGCGGACCAUUUCAAGCUGCCCGUAACUCUCCUGCCCUUGCUGGGUGCUUUCGUGGGCAAUGAUUACUCAAAACAAACAGAGUCACAUCGCCGCAAUAUUCAAUCACUUUUCUUCGAUAAGAAACUCUCUUCGUCUCAGCGGAUUGAUCAUACCGCCGCUGUAAUGCGUGCAGUACUAUCUCCUGCCACUCCAAAACGCAAGUCGGCACACCCAGUUGGCAGCCCCAUGGACCUCAUCGAUAGAACAGUCACCGCACUUUUGAGUCGAUUGACUAAUGCAUUGGGAUCAGGAGAAAUCGAUUCCAUCAUUGAGAAGGUCGUGGAAGCAACACUCCGAUACGCAUUGCUCAAAUACUCUGGUGAUAUACCGGGAAAGGAUGGGCUAUGGCGUUCAGGCAUUUGCGCCCUGCACCCUCCCGAGUCCUGUCGAAUCUUACCCAUGUUCUCCCAAAAGGUCAUUACUCAACAUCAGGAUUCAGGGCAGGAGGAUGCAUCGUUAUUCGCAAUCCGUGAAAAAUAUCUUCAGUCAUACCGAAGUGGUCUUUUCUCGCCCAAAAACAUGGACGUCCUAAGUACGGGGACUUUUUGGCCCAGGCUUUUUCUUGAAAAUCCAGACUUAGAGACAGUUGGCCGGAGCAUUGGACGACCAAUCCACAUUUGGGUAUAUGCUAUCCUAAACGACGCUGUCGGAUUACCUGAUGACAUAGAUGACGAGGACGAGGAUGAGGAUGAGCUCAUUGAUGUCGUGGAAUCUGACGGAGAGGGCACAGACGGGGCGGAUUACCUUGCUCCCCUCAAAGGUGAACUACGACGCCUUCACACCUCAGAAGAUGAAGCUACGGAACCACCAGCUUCUAUAGCGUCAUCUGGUCGCCCCAAUCGAUCCCGUCCUGCUGUGGUGACAGAGUAUCUAAGGCGAGGAGUUCGAAUCGCUGAAGAGCUGGUCGAAGUGGUGCCUCUGCAUGAUCUUUUGCCAGGAAUAUCACUCUCUAGUUUUGCUUCCAUUGACGCUCCUCCUCUGCUGUUAAGAUCGCAGGACGAUCGAUUGACCGUUUUCCUCCGUGCUGUGGAUUGCGAUAUACCAUCCAUUCGAGGGCUGUCUUCUCAGCACCUCGUUCCGGUUCUUGCUGUCCGUUGGAUCGCCCGCACUCUCAGUCGUCGCGCUCAAGAAACGGGUAGCAAGGAACAUGCAAAAGAAAAAUGGACAAUGAAUGAAGCCCGCUGCUUCCUCGCCUCUUUUGCAUGGUCAACUGCCCGUGAAUCUGAUAAUCAGCGAGAGCCCCCACCCAUCGUUGAUCGCCAUGUCCAACUCAUGGCACAAUACCUCAUGGCUUUGGAAACCAUCAGCCAGCUAUCAGAAGUCCUUCUUCUUACGGAACGAGCACCCUCCACAGCUCACCUCUUUUCAGGGAAAUUGUGUCAUGAGUUUUUGACGCAGACACACCCUUUGGAAGAUGCUGUCAUCUCAAGUUCUCUUUGGGCCGUUGCUACUGAGGGUUUAUCAGAUGACUAUCAAGAGGAGCGCCCCAAGAAGGCGAAGAAAACGAAGAAAGAGAGAGGGCCUGCACUGCCGUCAUCCGCGAAGCCAACUACGGGUACAAGCUUGUUCGCGUUGUUGGGAGAUCAAGAGGCCUGA